AUGUCUCUUAAUAUAAUUGUCCUGACGGCUCUAGCAGGGCCUCUUCUUAUUAUUGUUCUUCUAAUAGUAAUACCACUGUACCAGGAUGCAAAGUAUAGGUUCCAGGUCUGGCGACAGCGUGGAUCUGCAUCACCUCCAGGAAUCCCCAUGACUUCCUACUCGUUUCCAUUUGGAAUUCCCUUUUUGCUUAACAUCAUUAAGUUAUCUAAUGAUAAGUCAAUUCUAUCCUACUUUCUUGUAUUGUGGGAAAAACGUAAACGAACCACUGUUCGGCAACAAGUCUUUGGCCAGUUUAACAUUGUUACCAACGACCCAGAAAAUAUCAAAUCCGUACUCUCUGUCAACUUUAAGGAUUAUGAGUUUGGAGUUAGACACGGUGCAUUUGCACCGCUUCUUGGUGACGGCAUUUUCACGUUAGAUGGUGCUGGGUGGAAACACUCGCGUGCCAUGUUGCGGCCACAGUUUAGACGGCAACAGAUUGCACAGUUGGGAUCUAUUGAGCGUAAUGUGGGGUCCUUGAUUUCUAUUUUGAAAGCUGCACCGGGGGAAAUAGUGGAUCUACAAGCAUUAUUUUUCCAAUUAACAAUUGAUACUGCCACAGAGUUUCUUUUUGGAGAAAGUGUACAAACAUUAUCUGGGGGGAACCCUAAGAUUGCUCAUGCAAGGGAAUUUGGCGAAGCAUUUAACGCGGCACAAGCCGUACUUUUACAGCGGGUUCGACUUAACUCGUUUUACUCGACAGUGAAUCCUAAGGAGUUCCAACAAUGGUGUGCAACAUGCAAAACGUUUACGGAUUCCUAUGUUCAAAUGGCUUUGGGAAGGGCUGCCAAGUUAGAAAAGGAAACUGAUUCAGAUAACUAUGUGUUUUUGGAUCAGCUGGUUAAAGAAACCAGAGAUCCUCAGGUCCUCAGAGACCAAGCGUUGAAUAUUUUACUUGCUGGGAGAGAUACAACAGCCUCAUUGCUUUCUUGGAUUUUCUACAAUUUGGCCAUAUACCCAGAAAUCUUUGCCAAAUUACGUGCUGAGAUUCUUGCUCAGUUUGGCGAUACCCCAGCCUCCAUCACUUUUGAAUCGCUCAAGCAGUGCACGUAUCUGCGGUAUGUUAUUAAUGAGACUCUUAGGCUAUUCCCGAUUGUGCCUGGAAAUGGACGCACAGCUAUCCGUGACACGUAUCUCCCCCGUGGAGGAGUUGAUCCGGCUAACCCGGACGAUUAUUUUGGGAGCAGACCCGUGUUUGUACCCAAGGGCACUACAGUGGGGUACAGUGUGUAUAUGUUGCACCAUAACCCGUAUUUUUGGGGGAUUGAUGCGGCUGAGUUUCGACCUGAACGGUGGUCGGAGCCUCGACCCAAUGCACACUCGUGGGAUUAUUUACCGUUUAACGGUGGUCCGCGGAUUUGUUUGGGCCAGCAGUUUGCACUGACGGAGGCAGCAUAUGUUGUGGUGAGGCUGUUGCAGACGUUUGGUGAGAUUAGAGGGGCCGAAGGUCUUACAGUGCCUCCGAAACCCGAAACUCAGCUGACAAUGAAUGUGUAUGGAGGGGUUCCGUUAGCGUUGGUUUAA